GACGCAGGCUCAGUACCACUCCAACCGUCAGAGGGAAAGGUUGUGACAACGUGCACUCCCUGUCUCCGCUCGGCACACAACCCUUGCGACUUUUCCAGCGUAAGUGCCUUCACGAUGCAAUACAAGUCCACCGAUGACCCACAGCAAGGCUCCCUGCCCCCUGGAGUAGCCGAAACGCCCUCACCGCCGCGGCACCACCACUCCAGAGGACACGCCAAGCUACGCCACCGCUGUCCGUUUGGAUGUAGCCGCACUCACGCCCACAGGGAGGGUCAACACUCACACCCUGGCAACAACGAGGCGCCACAGGGCACAGCCGACACUCACCAAUCCACGGCGACGCCCCUCGUGUACUUGCCUCACCACAACCACUACGUACCCUACCAGCGCACCUCCCUCCCGCCACAGCCCCCGCACCACCUCAACCACAACCAGCAGCAGCAGCAGCAGCAGCAGCAGGCAGUGGGCAGCGGUGGCAUGGUCAGCAGGGGCGUGGGUGAAUGGAGGGUGUUGUCUCUAGUCUCCAAGCAAGAUGUCUCCACUAACUACCUCACGCACCCUCUCAUCCCCGCGGACUUCAGAUGGCAGGCUAUCCAAUACAUGAGCAAAAGGCUGCACAUGGACGCCAACAUUGAUAUUCGAAGCGGGAAAGUCAUCGAGAGGAGAAUUUGGACCCUGGAAGAACAGGUGUACAGCUCCAGCUCAUCACAGGCUGAGUACAUCACCAAGCUUGCCUCACGACUGGCCACCAUUCUGCGACACAUCGGCAAGUGCAGGUCACCCAGGGCACCAGUCACGCAUCAGAACCAGCAGGAGGUCAUGUGACACGGACCCUCCCUAGCAGCAACAGCAGACGAAGGCGCUGUACGAGUAGAUGAAGGCACGGAUGGCAAAUGUUUUAACACCGCAUCCCAGCCACUGUCAUCACCACCACCACCACCAUCACCACAGCGCGGAGAGAAAGAUAGGGUUAGUGGUGAUGGUGAGAAGAGUGACGCCGUUGUGUGUGAGGGAGUGAGAAAGAAGGAAAAUGGAAGUAAAUACGAGGAUGAUGGUGUAGAUAAGAUACAAUCCGAUAAUGGUGCGUAUAAGAAGGGAGAUAAUGAAAACGAGAAGGAGGAGGAGGAGGAGGAGGAGGAGAGGAACGAUGAUGUUGACGGAGUUGAAGAUAAGAUAAGGCAAUCAUCAGAAGAGGAAAAGACAAAUUUAUCCAGCAAACACAAAGGAGAAGCAAAACUAAGUGAACAAACGGGUACAGCAGGAGACGAAGAAGAAGAGAAAGUAAGAACAUUAAGAAGAGAGAGGAAAUUACAAGAAGAGGAGAAAGCAACGGCUGAAAAAGAGAAGAAAACGACACCGGCUGAGAAAGAGAAAGGAGAAGAAAUAGGAAAGAUACAACACAGGCACACUCACGAACUGGGAAAAUCCAGAACGAGUAAACAAAAACAGGAAGAGAAAACCAAAACAACUUCAGAGAAACAAAGAAAAAAUCCACAAAACCACCUACAAACAGAGACAACAACCACAAACACUCAGGAAUCAGAAGCAAAGGACAAAGAUGGGACAGAAACAAGAGAGAGAGAACAGACGGAACAAUGAAACGUGUGAGAAACAAAGAAUAAAGGAAUCAGAAGCAAAGGAUAAAGAUGGGAAAUAAACAAGAGAGAGAAAGAACAGGUGGAAAAAUUAAACGUGUGAACAAAGGAAGAUGAAAGACAAAAGUAAAGAAAAAAAAAAACUUCAAUACGAGGAUAAGAACAAAGAAAUUGAAAAAAAAAGAGAUGUAGAUAGAAAAAAUAUAAAGAAAAAGGGAAAAUGUUAUACAAUACAAAAAUCUGAAAAAAAAAAAUAAUGAAAAUGGAAAAGAAAGAGAAAAUUAAUUAGAAGCAGGUAGAACUAACUCACCUUUGCUCACUCUCUCACUCUCCUACCUCUCCCCCUCCCCCCAUUCAUUCCUUCCCUUCCAUAAAUAACGGGUGCUUUCCUACCAUAUAUUAUUACUAUCAUUAUUAUUAUUAUUAUUAUUAUUAUUACUAUUAUUAUUACAACAACUACAUGUGAAUAUUCAGCUGUUCUUUUUUUCUCUUUUUUGCCUUUGAAAAAUAUAAUGAAAAAAAAAGAAAAUGAGGAUAGGGAAACAUUAUUCUCUUCAUCUUAACUUCCUUCAUUUUUCUCCAUUGUUAUCAUUACUAUCAUUAUUUUUUGUACUUCUAUUGCUGGCAAAGACACAAAAUGCAUGUGUGUUAGCGUUACUGUCGCAUAGCUGUACAUCAACUAAACCAUUGUUGCUAUUAUCAUCACCAAAAUAACACAUCACCGCCACUAUUACUAUUGUUAUUGUUCUCGCAGUCAUCAUCACUCAAGUAUCAUGUUCACCGUCACUCUCACCAUCAAUGUGUCUUUAUGUACGUAUGUAUGUUUGUAUAUGUAUAUAAUGCAACGUGUACUUACUCCACAUAUUCCCUAAUACUGAAUAAUACUUAAGAGUUAAACGAGAUAUAAUUUCAUACAGCAAAUAAAUCAAUACGAAUGCUUAAAAUAUA